AUGAAGAAAGUGGUUGAAACUUCAAAAGUCAUUUUCUGGAGAAGGUAUUCAUACCGUUCCUUCGGGUUGGUCAACAACCCAAGCCUAGGUCCUAGACGUUUAGGUGGCAGCUGGACAUCACCUUCGCAAAUCUCAUGUGCCAGCAAAUGCAUGGAUAAAUACAGCACAUGCUGGAGUUUCCUGUACAACUCCACUACGGGACUUUGCACACCAAGUUCCAGUUUUGAUUCUCAGCAGCAGCUACCAACUGUGGCCGAGGGAGACCUCUACAAUAGUUUGACAUGUACGCUUAACGGUUUUCAGAUGUACACACAAAAUCUCACCACAAUAUGCGUUAGUGAGGGAUUUUAUGCAGAUUACGUCGAGGCAGAUAAAAGAUGUCGCAAAUUCGGAGGCGUCCUCAUGUCUGUGAAAACAUAUGACAGAAUAGGUAUAUUGUUGGCAGCUUUUAGUGCCAGCGAAUCCUGGGUAGGAUGCGAUGAUCUGGACAAUGACGGGAUAUUCCGGUGGAAAGAGGAUAAUGAGGCACUCAGUGAAGACGAGAUUAGUCUCUUGUUCUUGGGCAAGCCUACCAAGCAAUGCAUCAGUUAUGACAGCUCCGAGAGGAAGCUCACGAGUAGUGAUUGCUCAUAUUAUCUGAAUUACUUUUGUGAAAUGCCCCUUCCGUGA